AUUGGAGGUACUUGGCGGAAAUUGACUAGCGUCGUCAAUAAAUCAGCUGCCAACUUGAUUGAUCAAGUCCGAAGUAUCGCCGAGGUCACUAAAAAUGUCGCGCUGGGAGAUUUAACAAAACAGAUCAAUAUCGAUGCUCGUGGCGAAAUCCUUGAUUUGAAGAACACUGUAAACGGAAUGGUCAUCCAACUUCGUGCAUUAGCGGCUGAAGUCACUCGUGUCACAUUGGAAGUCGUCUCUCAAGGCAAGUUG